ACGGAAAUGACGCAACGACUACGUUUCACAGUCUGACCCCGCCUGGACUCCAUGUAUGUGUGGCUGCGUAUGUCGCCUUGUUUCCCUCUCUAGUUUACUCCAUCUCCCACCUCUGCUCACCUCCAGAGCUGGUAGCAGAAUGGCAGCGGCGGCUCCCAACCCGGAGGACUCCGCCAGGAAUGGCAGCAGCGGCGGCGGAACCAGCAGCAGCACUCCUAGUGCACUAGCCGGAGACGGUGACGCGGAAGAGGCCGAGGACUUCACAUCCUCCUCCCAUUGCUCGGAGCUCUCUCGGCGGCAGAAUGAGCAGAGAAAGCAGGGCUUGUUUUGCGACGUGACGUUGGCCUUCAGCAGCGGGGCGGCUACCGGGAGCGUCCAGAGCUGCGAGUUUUCGGCCCACAGGUCUGUGCUGGCUGCUGCCACCGACUAUUUCACUCCCCUGCUGGGGGGGCAAUUCUCCGAAUCUCUCUCCGGACGGGUGGAGAUGAAGGAGUGGAGCUCAGAGCUGGGGCCAGACCCGGAGACAGUGGAGAGUGUCAUCCAGUACAUGUACACUGGAGAAAUACGCGUCAGCACCUGCAAUGUACAUGAGGUGCUGGAGCUGGCAGACAGGUUCUUGCUGCUGCAGCUCAAAGAUUUCUGUGGUGAAUUCCUCAAGAAGAAGCUGAGUUUGACCAACUGUGUGGCAGUGCACAGUCUAGCUCACAUGUACACCUUGGACCAGCUGGCUUUGCGGGCCGCAGACAUGAUUCGCCGCAAUUUCCACAAGGUUAUCCAGGAUGAGGAGUUUUACACGCUCCCCUUUCACCUGGUCCGUGACUGGCUGUCGGAUGCAGAGAUCACUGUGGAUUCAGAGGAGGUGCUGUUUGAGGCUGUGGUGAAGUGGGUGCAGAAGAACCCAGAAGAGCGAAGUCGCUACUUUGAGGAGCUGUUUCGUCUCCUCCGGCUUCCCCAGAUAAAACCCACCUACUUGGCCAGGGUGGUGAAAAAUGAACGACUCGUGGCCUCUAAUGAAGCCUGCCUGCGGCUGGUGUCAGAGGCUGUAGAGGGCCAUGCAAUUCGCUUUGAGAACCUCAAGUCAGCAGAUAUGGAGUUCUGGUCUUCGCACAUGGCCUCAUUUCAGCCUCGGUUCGGCCAGAACAUGGACGUUAUCAUGGUGGUGGGUGGGGUGUCAGAGGGCGGGGACUAUCUGAGUGAGUGUGUGGGGUACUUCAUCUAUGAGGAUCGAUGGGUAAACCUCCCUCACAUCCACAACCACUUGGAUGGCCACGCCAUCGCCACCACAGAGUCUCAUGUCUAUGUAGCUGGAUCAAUGGAGCCAGGAUUUGCAAAGACAGUGGAACGUUACAAUCCCAAUCGCAACACUUGGGAGCAAGUCAGCAACUUAACCACGCGCAAGCACUCUUUUGGGUUAACGUGCAUCAAGGAUAUCCUGUACAGCAUUGGUGGGCAUGGCAACUUCAGUCCAGGUUUCAAGGAUGUUAGUGUGUAUGAGCCAGAGCAGGACAAGUGGCACAAUUUGGAAUCGGCUCCUAAGAUCCUGCGAGAUGUGAAAGCCGUUAGCGUAGAGGAUCGCUACGUGUAUGUGACAGCACGCACACCUGUGGACACAGAUAACGAUGAUGGACUGAAGACGGUGACCACCCGAUACGACACCGAAAGCCGCCAAUGGCAGGAUGUCGACUCCUUGCCACUCAUUGACAACUAUUGCAUCUUCCAGAUGGCCGUGGCUUCGACUAACUUCUACCACACUGCUUCUUGCUGCCCGAAGAGUUACGCAGUGCGGGAUGAAGUCGCCAGGCAGAAGAUUAGUGCCCGCAUCUCUGAUGAGAUCCUGGAGAGCCUGCCGCCAGAAGUGACCAGCAUAGAGGGUGCCGCCAUCUGCCAUUUUGAUGAGGACGUCUUCAUCAUCGGAGGCUGGAAGAACAGCGACGAUGUUGACAAGCAGUAUCGCAAAGAGGCCUACCGCUACUGUGCGGAGAGGAAGCGUUGGAUGCUGCUGCCCCCCAUGCCACAGCCCCGCUGUCGGGCCACCGCCUGCCACGUCCGCAUCCCGUACCGCUUCCUGUACGGCUGCCAGCGGUACCCCAUGCCCCAGAACCUGGCUCGCCAGCGAGAUCGUAUGCAGCAGAUGCAGCAGCUCCACAGGCGCACCCUAACCCUGCGUCGACAGCUCCAGUCGCAGAUUGAGUGCUGAACUCGGUCGGCGGCUUCUGAAAAUUUCCACCAGUCAUGCAUAACCCGCUGCUGUGAAAGAUGUGUUGUUCUCAUUGGUGUCACUCAUCUAAACUGCGUGGCAUUAGCUCCCAUAUUGUUGUAUUAAUCGCUGACUUAAAGCCAUGAAAUGUGUAUGCAGGUCAUUCAGGCGGUAUGUUGCAGAUGUACACAUGUUUAUAAGAGUGUUUUUCAGCAGCCAAAAAACUUAAGUAUGCUUUAGUAAUUAAUGUUGAUAAAGAUGCUGUUUAUCUAUUUGUAUAGUAUAAAGCUGUAUAUGUCUAAAUUGAUACUUGACAUUCCUUUAUUGUAUAUGCCUGUACUGGCAGGAAUAUGUGACAUCAGUGAUAACAUUAGUAUUGCAUUCCUACUUUCUUAAGAGUCCCAUCAUUCCUUCCUUCCUAACACUGUGACAAUCCCUUCAUGAAAAGUCCAACUUACUAAAAAAGGACUUUACUUCAAACAUUCAACAUUAACUGUGAAUAUAACUUAUAGGUUACCUGUUCUUUUCUUUCUGGAUGGUCCAGAAAGACUUCUUAUCGCAAAAGCUUCUAGAAUGCUCUCCUUUUGUCCUCAACAAUUGUAGUGUAUUUUGGUCAUUUAUGUACAUGUAAUGCUUUUAACAGUUCUCAGAGGGGCAGUAUGAUGACCAAGCUCUAGUAAUAUGUAAGUUGCAACAUUUCCCUUAUUUAUGCAGUACAUUCACAUUUUUUCUGCCUCUAUAUUAAGAACCAAAAUCAAUGGCUUAAUCAUCCAUUUCUUUUGCACUUUUUAAAUUUUUACACUUAUCCUCUUAAUUCAAUCAGAAACUGUAAAAAAAAAUGUAUGCGUAUGAACGCAAGACUGUCUAUGGAUUGUGUCUGCACAGGGUUCGGUUAUUGUUUUUCUAAGAAUGGCUUAGGUUUCUCACUGCACUUUUUCAACCUCUUAUUAUUUGUAAAUUCUUAAAGUCGUUGCUGCACCUUGAUUUAGCAUUUUUCAGUUGUGUCAUAUCAGACAAGGUGAUUGUAUUUUGUAAAUACCAUUCUUUAAAACCAGAUUUCAGCAAGUAAGUUUCGAACUCUUAAGCAAAGAUGUUACCAUCAGUAUGGUCAGAAUUGUUUCAAACAUUAAAUAUCUCAUAAAAAAUUAUUUCUGUUAUUUCAUUUUGACUUAGGUGUACAUUGGAGGUGUCUCCUGUUGCCCACCAAAGAGACGUAAAGAUCUAAUAAAAAGGAAUCAAACCUAAAGACCAAGAAAGGAUUGCUAUGAAUUUGUUGUGACUGACAUUCAGGAGCUGUGCAGUACCAAGGUUAAAGAGCGUAGAAAUGAUAUUCAUUUCCACUUUAUGACCAAUAUAUAUAGUGCUGCAGAUCUUAACUGAAAUAAGCUAUGUAUUUGCUUUGCAUGUGAUAGUCUGACAUUGUGUCCUUAUAUUUGUAUGUAAGAAGUACUAAUGGCAUCACUUGCAAUUAAAGCUGUUUUUGUAAGAUAAA